CUACAGUACAGCAGGGGUGGCGGUGGCACCACCCAAGCUUGGCAGCAAUGACAACACAUGGGAAAGUUUCCUAACAACAACCACACCUGUGACUGGGACAACAAUCCCUAUCAUUUCAAGACAGCCUGAUUACAAUGACUUACGGUGGUUUCCAGAGGCUUAAACACUUCCAGAUGAUCUGCAGGGCUGCGGCUUGUGAAGAGACAGAAGGAAAAUCACGCUGUCCCGCGCCAAGGAGCCCAUAGUCAGGAGUGAAGACUGAAUUUACUAUUGUGUGACGAUUCACCUCGACCACCAAGAUGAGUCAAGCGACAGAUACCUGGAAACUGGUUAACGUAAAAGAGCACAGCUGGUACCAGCAAAGCUUAGUCUAUCAGAAGAAAUCCUUCCAACACCGCUUUAUGCAAAAAGAUGGCAGCUGCAAUGUCUAUUUCAAGAGCAUCAUUGGCGAGUGGGAAAGUUACGUUGUGGACAUCUUCACCACGUUGGUCGAUAUUAAGUGGCGUCACAUGUUGAUUAUAUUUUCCUUAUCAUACAUUUUAACAUGGCUAUUGUUUGGGUUUAUCUUCUGGAUCAUCGCUUUGCAACACGGAGAUCUCAGUGACAUGGACAUAACCCCUUGUGUUGACAAUGUCCGCACAUUCGCGGGAGCAUUUCUGUUCUCCCUCGAGACGCAGACAACUAUUGGCUAUGGUAACCGUUGCGUUACAGAGGAAUGCUCUCUAGCAAUACUGCUGGUCACUCUGCAAUCAGUUUUCAGCUGCAUCAUUGACACAUUUAUUAUAGGUGCUGCUAUGGCCAAGAUGGCCACCGCCCGGAAAAGGGCUCAGACUGUACGUUUCAGCUACUUUGCUCUUGUCGGCAUGCGGGAUGAAAAACUAUGCCUUAUGUGGCGGAUUGGUGACUUCCGUUCAAAACAUGUAGUUGAGGGUAAUGUGAGGGCCCAACUAUUACGCUAUUAUGAAGACCAUGAGAAAGGGAUUGUCAUGGAAUACAAAGAUCUCAAACUAGUCAAUGAUCAAAUCAUACUGGUCACGCCAGUUACUGUUGUCCAUGUUAUUGACAAAGAUAGUCCUUUAUAUGCUCUAGAUCGGAAAGCGGUGGCUGCAGCCAGAUUUGAGAUCUUGGUUACAUUUGUCUACACAGGGGACUCUACUGGAACAUCCCAUCAGUCUAGAACGUCCUACUUGCCCCGGGAAAUCCUUUGGGGCUUCCGAUUCAACAACAUCUUAGAGGCAAAGAAAAAAUAUUAUAAAGUGGAUUGUGAGCAGUUUGAGGAAAUGACUGAAUACUAUGCCCCGUUCUGCAGCGCAAAGCAGCUAGACAUCAAUAACAUGCCCGCAAGUCCGUCCACUACCUCCAUGUCUAACGGUGUAUCUAGAAUGCGACCUCCGAGAUCCAUAGCUAAUGUCUUGUCCACCGUUGAGAUCCCCAACUCGAUGAACAACUUCUUGCCCAAUGCUUCGUCUACCACCUCGCUGUCCAAAGACUUACUCAACAUCGCAUAUCCACGUUCCAUGCCCAAUGGCUUGUCCAGCAUGUCCCAAAGCGUUACCACAGUGUCAUCAUUAGGUACUACAGAUAGCAACUAUGAAGACCACGCAGAGCCCAACCCAACUUCCCAAGACCUGGAAGAAAGUUCUUACCAAAAAAUAUUUAAGACUUUGAGCAAAAUGUCAUUAGAAUCCUAAAUGAAGAGGCUAAUUCAUGAUGUUGUAGUAACACUUAGCUUUCUUAUCCUCGGAUAGUUACCAACUGCUGCCUGUGCCUCAGAUAGACACACCCAGGUCAUGUAUAGCUUAGUAUCUUCUUUAUAGAUGAGACAUACCAACUAUAUUAGCGAUUAAGACUUUGCAGUAUUCAAAAAAAUCUUCCAUUCAUCCCAUGGAAAUGGUAGGUGAGGUCAAGUGUUUAUGAAGGAAGCAUUUAAAGAGACUAAUAUGAGAUACCUUCAGAAGCACAUAGAGUAGAUGAUGAUGAUGGACCUCUUUGUAUAGAGGUCUUGGUGAUGAGCAGCAUCUGUCAGUGACAACUCAUGUCAUUAUGUUGUCGGUAGCAUAUACUGUCAAGAAGCGGAAGUCCAUCGGGAGACUGAAAUCUCACAAGCUUUUAUUGUCAAAAGGACAAUCACGACCAUCAAGGACUGCAUUCAGAGGGGUGCAAUGUGACCACGUAUUAUUGAACUUGAUAGAUUUAUGUCUUUUUUCAACCAUAUUAACUAUGUAACUAUUAUGGCCACAGGACUGACAGUGGUUCAAGUGAUCUUAAAGGGGGUGAUUCAUCUCGCCCUUUGGUGGCAUAUCAUUAGCACAUACACCAAUAUCCAAAAAGUGUGGGUCCCUCCCCUGGGACCUUCGCCUAUUUCUACAGCAUGGCCUUUAAAGUGAAGGAGAGCGCACCGCCCAUGCAUGACAUGUUGUUCAUUCACUUCAGCUGAGGGAGAGUGCUCAGUUAUUUCCAUAUACCAGUGCUCAGCUAUUCUCGGUACUCCCAUAUAAGAGAAUGAAGGUUGGCCAUACUUGUAUGGUGCACCCUCGAUCACUUUGGAACACAUUCUGGAGAUAGGAAUGGAUUUCAGAGGUGGGACCCGCACUUAUGGGUCAUUGGUGCCACCAAAAUGCGAGAUGGGCCAAACCUUUAACUUACCCAGAGAACUAUAUAGCGACCUUAGUUCAGCUAACUAGAAUAAUGGGUAGCCCAGAUUCUGCAAAUAAUGAAGCUACAAUAGAGCUGUCUGAAUGCAGCCAUAUACUACAUAUAUCCCGCUUUUGUCUUGUUUCGCCUUCGGUGAUGUCGGUGAAAAUGUCCUUUCCCAUGGGAUAGUAAAUCUACUAGAACCUGUCACCUGGUUUGGGGGCCAUGAAACAAAGACUGUUAUGAUAUAUAGCUGGGUUUAAGGGUCCCAAACAUGCCCCUAGCAAACUCACCCAUCCCAGCAAAGAAAAGUAAAUGAAAAUCAGAUUUAUCCAUGAUUUUUCUCCAGCAGCAUCAGGCACAUGCAAACUGUGCUGUACAAGGUAUAACUUUCUUACCUUGCAUGUGCCCGAUGGGCAGUGCAUAUCCAGUGAAGAAAGGUGCGCGGUCCUCGGCUUCAUCUCCGUAGUGCGCAUACGUCCGAUGCUGCUGGAGAAGAGUCCCAGACUCUUUUUCCUCGAGCUUUGAUUUCCAAUUACUAAACUUUGUGAGGAUAGAUGGGUUUGUAAUGGGCUGGUUUAGGACCCUAACCCCCAGCUGUAUAAUAGUACUCUGGUUUAGUGGCACCGUAAAACUACUGGGUGACAACCACGCUAGAAUCCAUUCUUGGUGACUGCGGCGGUUGUCACAGAUGAUAAAUUUAUGAUAUAUGGUGUGGAUAAGGUGAUAAAUGCUUUUUGUGGGAUAACUCCUUAGGACUUCAUGACCAUUUGCCUUUUGUUAUAUCAGGUAAAAUUUCUGUGGAGCCUGUUGGGGUAAAGGAGGUCUCUACAGUGUGAGGAGCUCAUAUCUGAGCUUCCUGGAGUGUGAGAUAGAAGGCAGACAGAUACCACGUUAAACGCCAAAUUGCAGAGCAGAGAAGUGUGCUGCAUAAGGUUUUAGCCUAUGUGACUUGUCUGCAGUAUGCUCCUGAGCUCCCUCUAGUGGUGGCUGCAGGCACUUAUGCAGAGGAUUUUGAGCUCUGUUUCAAAAGAGCUUAGCUCCAAUUCAGCACAGAAUAUUAUUUCUAAAAGGACAUGUUGUGACAGGCUGACUUUCAGAUUUUGAAUAUUCUUCUGGAAAGGAAUAUGGGAUGUUCUUGGUAAGUUUUGGUCUCCAUCCCAAGUGCACACAUAUAUAUAUAUAUAUAUAUUUGUUUUUUCUAUAUAUAUAUAUAUAUAUAUAUAUAUAAAAAAAAAUGAUGGAGAUCUACGGAUCCAUACAAAGUAAACAGAGUGGUCUUUCCACUUCUUUUCACUGUACGAACACAAUAAAGAUUAAGAGCACAUCGUAUU